GAAACCAACGCCUGGAGGUACAGCACGGCUUUUGGGCUGUCUGACUACAGAGAACCUCUCUUUAAGAAGCAUAGCAUCCAACCCAGCAAGGAGUCCUCUUAUGCGCACUGUAAAUACAUUCACGCGUUUUGCUUCAUUGACGGUCAUCAUUGGCGCAGUUGUAUUCUCGCAGACUAUGUGCUUCAACGUAUUAAUGCAGUGAGAUUACAGAACGCGCGUCGCACUUGUGGGAAAAUUUAGAGAUUUGGGAAUCUCUCUUUCUGGACUCCUCACAAUGAGGAAACUCUGAGGUGGCAGUCUUCGUUCAGUUACGCUUCCUUUGGCUGUAACCAAGGGCUAGCUCAUGAACCGGUAUCCUCUUGCGUGGAAUUCUGUUUUCACUUAGAACACUGCUUCUUGGACAAAUGCAUACAAAUGCAUUUAGGAGCCCAACGGACAAGGAGUGGACACGUUUCUCCCACGACAAAAACGAGAACCCUGCUCCUGCUCCUUUCAAUAUGCACUGCAGUACUGUUUGCAGAAGAACACUUCCAAGAGCAAGGUUUAGAUAUUAUUCUUCAGCUGGGCCUCACCGGCCGCAGAGAGACGCACUUGUCUGGCACAACGGCGCCGUCUCCCUCGCACCCUCGCCCCUUCCUGGACGUCCUACCACCCGGCGUCGGAGUCACCCUCAGCGGGGAUGCCCACAUUGAGGCCCCUGCUCCGGCGGUUUUCCCCGCCGACCUUGAGGAGGAGUUCUCCAUCAUCGUGAGCCUGCGCUGCUGGCGAGCGAACAAUGCUUUCCUUUUUAGCGUCCGAGGUGGCCGGGACGACAGGCUGCGCUUCGGCAUCCAGCUCCUGCCCGGGAGCGUGGCUGUGCACGUCGGGGAGGCGUCAGUCAUCCACUUCCCGUACGCCGUGUUGGACGGGCAGUGGCACACGUUCGCUGUAGGCGCGCGCCUGCGCUCUGUGUCCUUCUACGCGCACUGCGGGAGCGUUCGGUACAGCGAGGAGAUCCCCGCCACCGGCUCGUCGCCGGGGCUGCUGGCCUCCGACGGCCUCUUCGCUCUGGGGAGGCUGGACUCCACCAGUGCCCAGCUGGAAGGGGCCCUGUGUCAGCUGGACAUCUACCCUUCCGCCCAGGCGGCGGCGCAGUACUGCGACUACGUUAAAAAACAGUGCCGCCUGGCGGACACUUUCCGAUCGCCCCCGCCCACGGAAAGCGGAGCCGGGAGCGGAGCCGGGCUCUUCCAGCCCCCCACUGAGUCCUUCCUGGGGUCCCUCUCAGACCCCUCGCCUGCCCCCCUGGAGCCCCUCUGGCAGGGGAGUACCUCCGAUCCGCUCCCAGCCACCUCCGCCACCACCACCACCACCACCAGCAGCAGCCAAACCUUGGAAGCCCCAGAUCAGGUGUUUCUAAGCCUAAGCCCUUCUGUGCAGCAGUCUGAGGUCCAUCACACUGAGAGGACGUUGGCCGCGCAGCGAUUCGGUCCCAGCCCCUCCCCAGGCCCCCUCAGCAGGAUGGUGUCCGAAGCCGCCGCCACUGCAUCAAGGAAUACCACAGCCAGCACCAGUGGCGGACGCACCACAACCAACACCACCACCACAGGCAAGGCCGCCCUCCAGGGCGAGAACGACACGGAGGACGAGCGACUCCGCCAGAGGACCCGUCCCACCGGCACGCCGACCCCUGGCCUGAUCUCCCCCGUCAGGCAGAGCCGGCUGAAGGAAGGCCAGAGGAACCGGACCCGGUCCGGGCCACCGCCACAGUCUGACGACGAGCUGAUGGGCCCCCAGCUGCGCCUGAACAGCACCACCCUCUACCGUGACCCCGGUGCGCACAACCAGGUGGACGACUCGGAGGAGCAUCCGCAGGGGGCUCAUUAUGACGUCGGAGACUCAGACGGCUAUGGCUACGGCUACGACUACGGCUACGAGGAGGAAGACUAUAUCUUUGAGGAUGACGGUCCGAAAGGAGAACCAGGCCCUCCGGGUGAACCUGGUCCGCCUGGGCUUCCGGGACCCGCUGGAAAGAGAGGACCAAGGGGUCCGCCUGGUACUCAUGGGAACCCUGGCCUGCCUGGUUUACCUGGUCCCAAGGGUGCCAAAGGUGAUCCAGGACUCUCCCCUGGUCAGGCCCCACCGGGGGACCCGGGAGACAGAGGACGCAUGGGUCCACAGGGCGCAGCGGGUUUCCCAGGUCCACCGGGUCCAAAAGGGUAUCCUGGGCCUUCAGGCUUGCCAGGAGAUCAGGGUUUGCCAGGACUACCAGGCGAGACUGGGGCAGCAGGUUACCCUGGCAGGCAGGGGUUGGCUGGACCAGAAGGUAACCCAGGUCCUAAAGGUGUCCGUGGGUUCAUCGGCCCACCAGGUCUAGCAGGUCCAGUAGGUCUGGAAGGAGAAAGAGGAAUUCCAGGCCCUCCUGGGAAAACGGGUCCAAAAGGAAGGCAGGGUGUUGUCGGUGACGCUGGCGAGAGGGGUCCUCCCGGGCCGGAUGGGAAUGAGGGGCCUGUUGGAGGGACUGGGACUGGAGGCUUUCCAGGACUGAGAGGCGACCCUGGGGCUGAAGGACUCCGCGGCCUACAGGGAAUCUCAGGACCCCAGGGCCCGGCUGGAAGGGUGGGGCCACCUGGAUUGAAAGGUGAUAAGGGGGAACCUGGAUUACGAGGCGAGCCAGGCGAAAACGGUUACCAGGGCGAUAAGGGUGCACCAGGCUUGCCAGGACCUCCAGGGCCGAGGGGAAAACCAGGACCACUCGGAAGACUGGGCGAGAUGGGGCUCCCUGGCCCGCCGGGGCCACCUGGACCAGAGGGCUUUCCUGGAGACAUCGGCAUGCCAGGCCCCAAUGGACCUCCUGGACCUAAGGGGAUGCUUGGAUCCAGGGGUCCUCAGGGACCACCGGGGCCAAAAGGAACAGAGGGUGAUGAAGGCCCUUUGGGCUCACCUGGCAAACCUGGGCCCUUAGGAAGACCUGGGCGGAAAGGCUUCAUAGGCGAGCCGGGACCUGAGGGACCAAAGGGAGAGAUUGGGGACCCUGGAAACAUUGGAAAAAGUGGACCUCCAGGCCCAGUCGGCCUAAUUGGAGCGGAAGGGGUGAUCGGAGUCCCUGGUGAAAAGGGUGACCGUGGUCCAGCAGGUCCUUUGGGUCCACCUGGAGAGAAAGGCGUGGUGGGGUAUCCUGGCUUACCGGGAGGUCCAGGUGAAUUUGGUCCGCUAGGCCCACUGGGUCCACCAGGUCCGAGAGGAACGGCGGGUAUUCGAGGACCAAAGGGCAGAAGGGGCCCCAGAGGUCCAGACGGUCCUAUAGGAGAGCCAGGGCCAGAGGGCAUGAAGGGUGAGCGAGGGGAUCCAGGGAAGAAGGGAGGACUUGGAUUCAUCGGCAAGGCGGGAGGUCCGGGGAAGAGAGGGCCACCUGGCAGUCCGGGUAAGCAAGGCAUUGUAGGCAACACAGGAGAAAGAGGAGCCCAAGGUGAACCUGGCCCCAAGGGACCACCAGGGGAUGCUGGACCUGAUGGAGACCAAGGCCUAGAGGGACCCCCUGGUCCAGAAGGGGAACAAGGUCCUGUUGGAGAACCCGGAGUGAAGGGCGAUAUGGGGCCACCAGGACAGGAGGGUGAGCAAGGCCAACUAGGGAUGAGGGGGCCUCCUGGUCCGGUCGGUGAAGAUGGGCCCCAGGGAAAGGAUGGACAUAAGGGAGACCCAGGUGAACGAGGGCCCAUGGGAGAGGUUGGGGAAAGGGUAGAGGCGGGUGACCCCGGACCCCCUGGACCCUCCGGUGAGCCAGGGAAGAGAGGCUUUCCGGGACCAGAGGGGAAACAAGGACUCCCGGGAAACCGCGGACGUCCUGGAAAAAAGGGUGAAAUGGGACCUCCAGGCGCCUUGGGCGAGUUGGGCGACCACGGACUGAUUGGACAGCCUGGCGAGAGCGGACCAAAGGGUGCCCGAGGAACGCGAGGCCCUCUGGGUCAGCCAGGGAUGAUGGGACUCAUGGGAGAGCCAGGAAUGGAAGGAUACACAGGCCACAUGGGUAAGCCAGGUCCCGCAGGCCUGCCAGGCCCUAAAGGUGAAAAGGGUUAUCCAGGAGAGGACAGCAAGACUCCAGGAGCGCCAGGGCCCUUAGGUGAACCAGGAUCCCCCGGGGAGCGAGGAGAGCGUGGCGAUCCUGGGGAUGAUGGCUAUCAGGGUCACCCUGGCGUUUCUGGACCUCGUGGAGCACUCGGGCAGCAAGGUCCCCCAGGGUCAACCGGAAGCCCCGGAGAACAAGGACCCAAAGGAGAAAGAGGACCCCAGGGAGCUGAAGGAAAGAAGGGUGCUCAAGGUCUGACAGGAAGUCCAGGUGUUGAGGGCCCUACAGGGUUUCCCGGCCUGAAAGGCAUGGCAGGAUACCCAGGAGCAGACGGCUCACCAGGACUGCCGGGGUUUGCAGGGUUCCCAGGCAUGGCUGGACACAAGGGUCCACGUGGCAUUCCGGGUCCAGAAGGACGAGCUGGCCUGCCAGGGCCGAGGGGUGAACCAGGAUUUCCAGGUUUAAUUGGUGAUAAAGGACCUCCAGGCCUGAAGGGCGAGACAGGUCUUCCAGGAGAGAGGGGGCCUGCUGGAAUGAAAGGUCUGGAAGGCAGCACUGGAGACCAGGGAAGGGAGGGUGACCCCGGGGCCAAAGGACAACUUGGGGAACCAGGAGACCCAGGUAUGCGCGGCCUCCAAGGAUUCCCCGGCCCAAAGGGACCAGACGGAGACUUAGGCUUCAGAGGCAUAGCUGGUCCAAAAGGCCCGAUCGGUGUUGUGGGAUUCACGGGUCCUGUCGGUCCUGCAGGGAUGAUCGGGCCAGUGGGCAUGCCAGGCUUUCGAGGUCCAACAGGAAGCCAAGGGGAAAUGGGGCCCCAGGGGCCACGAGGGACUCCAGGGCCCAGAGGUCCUCCUGGUUCUCCAGGCCCUACGAAACGUGUGGAUGUUGACACAGCAAUGGAGAUACUGAUGGAGUCUAACGGUCCCUAUCGCAUGGAGAACUUCCAGAACACAGAGAUGGCCCAAGUGGAUCAGAACUCGGAGAUCUUUAAGACGCUGCGCUACCUCAGCAGUGUCAUAGAAAGCAUUAAGAAGCCCAUCGGCACCCGAGAGAAUCCGGCCCGAUUCUGCAGGGACCUGCUAGACUGCCAACAAAAGCUAGCCGACGGACCGUUCUGGAUUGACCCAAACUUGGGUUGUACGUCAGAUGCCAUUGAGGUGUUCUGCAACUUCACAGCAGGUGGCCAAACAUGCAUCCACCCAGUUGCAACAAACAAGAUGACAUUUGGCAUUGGGAAAGUCCAAAUGAAGUUCCUUCACCUGUUGAGCACAGAGGCCAUGCAGACCAUCACUGUCCAUUGCCUGAAUGACCCACCACGAGGGUCAACCACGGCGUCACAGAGCCAAAGACCACCGUUACAAUUCAAGGGCUGGAAUGGACAGAUUUUUGAGAUGGACACUUUACUUGAACCUUAUGUGCUCUCGGAUGAGUGUGAGAUUCAAGAUGGCAGCUGGCACCGGUCGCGCUUUCUUUUUCAGACUCAGGACACCUAUCAGCUUCCCAUCGUUAACCUCCAGGGGCUCGCAGCUAGGCAGCCAGGAGAGCUGCGACACAUUGAGGUGGGGCCUAUCUGCUUUCUUUAGGAGGGAGUGCUCGCUCGCCCACCCAUUCUCUUCCUCUCCCUGUCAGGUCAAACAGCCUGUGAACAAAAAAAAAAAGAAGUAGAACACCUCAGCUUUAUCCAUUCAAAAUGGAUGCCGUCAAGGGGUCACAAGCAGAGUACAGUGCAGCUUCCUCUGAAAAGCCACACCAGUCCCCCUGCGAUGGCCAAACGAAGUAACAGCGUUUAUCUGUAGGACUAUUGACUAAUUCUGAAGAACUCAACAGAACUCAACGGAGGGAUUUGUGUCCUUAAAAGGGAGCACAGGACGAGGGUCAUUUGCCAACACAUUAUCAAGAAUAUUGUAUUCUCUGUUUGUUGGUUGUUUUUAUUUUUUUAUUUUUUUUAUUUUGUUUGUUGUUUUUGUCCAAGUAGUGGUGCUAGGGUAUGGUGUGUCCAGACCAAGAGUGACUGCUGUACCCAGAGCAAGGUUGCUACCCCGUUUCCCUACCUGAAUCCCCAGAAGGCCCGAAACCCACCUCCUUUCCCCUGUUUUCCCCACCCCAUCUUACCCGUCUCUAGCCAACCAGGCCCAUUUGCCUAUGGAGGAAUACAGACUCCACCAGUGGAGCACUGUCUACAUAUAACUUCCUAAGAGUGCAAUAGCUUGUGCAUUAUUUGCGGGAAUAAAAUAAUUGCAUUUUUCAAUCAAGUCUUUUUUUUGUUAUUAUUUGUAAAUUUAAAUCCGUUGUCCACCCUGGACUCGUACAUCGUAUCAGAUGGUGCUCUACCUCCUGUAUGUUUUGCCUUCAAGUGUAGGUGCUUGUGUCAAGAUUUUAUUCAAAGUUGUAUGUACUGGCUACAUCAAGAUAUGUUCUGUUGUACAAGUACUUAUUUGAAUUUGGUCAUUUCUUUCGUACUAAACUUAAUUUAUAUGAACAUUGUGUUAAUAAAUUAUGUCACAUUGGCUUUUCCAUGGUGCUGCAAUAGACACAAAUAGUUAAUCAGUGAGUUAGACAUUUUUCCUGUGUAUAUUUUGACAUUAUAUGGUUAAUUAUUUAUAUUAAGUUUUGUUUUGUUUUUGUUUUUUUGUUUUUUUUCUCUCUCUCUCUCUCAAAUUACUGCACCCCAAUAAAUUAUACUAUCUCCCAGAGAUCUAUUUGGUCAGUUACCAAUUUUUCAAAUAACUAUUUAUGUUAAAUUUGUAUUUGUGUAUAUAUACACACACACAAACAUGUGACAUGUUUAUUCCUUUUAUAUUUCCACUCUCAGUUGGUGAUUGUUGAAAUGUUAACUGGCAGCUUACAGAUAGCCAGAGCCAGACCACAUCAUAAACAGGAAUCUUCAUGUGUUAAAUUAUAUAGCAUUGAAUGAACUGUAAUUAAAUAAAUACUUUGGAGGAUUUAAAUAAAAAAAUGUAAAUAUGAAAUGUGUUGACAUUAAAUAAAAACUGUU